AUGUUAAUAAAAGUAUUGUCAUGUGACAGUAUCACAAUAAUAUGGAGUCUAUCUUGCUAUUGAAUAAAAGGAGAAAUUUUCACAAAUUGUUGAUAAAUAUAUUAAUUAUCAUUGGAUUUUUAGGUUCAAGUACAAAUUCAGAAACGUGUUCAGUUACAAAAUUAAAGUUCGCUAUUAUCCCUGGGGACUUGAGAGUUGUCUAUAAUGACUCAGGGAGAUAUCAUGAUUACACGUUCAACUUAUGUAAUGCUGUAAGCUGUGGAGAUAGUACUGACGCUGUUAUGUGUAACAAAACGACCGCCACAUCAACACCAUUCGCGGAACUUAAAAGUGUUAAUAUAACAAACGAUGACAGCUCAACAAUAUUAGAUUUUACUGACAAUAAGAAAGAACAAAACUUGAAUGUUCUCUUGUUAUGUGGUAAAACUCUGGGAACACCAAAAAUUACUGUAGAAGAACACUCUGAAAACACCGAAGCAGUUUCUAUAAAAUGGGAAACAGGAAGUGCAUGUGCAAUUCCUCCAGCAAGAAAAUUUGUGCCAUGUUAUGCUUAUAACAAAAAUCAUGAACUGAUUGAUUUAAAUCCUUUGGGUUUGAGAAAUCCUUUUAAAUACUUAAUGUCUGAUAAUUCUACUAUUCACAUUUCUGUAUGCUCAACCAUUCCAAGUAAACAUUUAAAGGAUUGCUCAUCUGAGGCUGUAUGCAAAACUUUCGCUGAUGAAAAAGCAAAAAAAUUGGGAAGACCUUCGAAAGGAAUUCAGCUAAACGACGACGAAUCUUUAACAAUUACUUAUAAGUCUGCUACAUCCGAAACAAAAGUAACUUUUCGCUGUCCUAAAGAUGACACUGGAAUAGGUCAAAUCAAAUUAAUCAGUAACAUUGAAGAUAGUUAUGAAUUUGAAAUAGAAACUGAAUACGCAUGUCCUCUGAGGAAUCAAAUAGUCAAAGGAAAUAAAUUGACUAUGGAGAAAAAUGGAAUUAAUUUCGAUUUAGCCGUAUUCUCAGACAACGCCUACAAUACUUCAACUGACAAAUAUACAUAUUUCAUAGGUUUUAAUAAAGGCUCAAAAAUAUUAGAGGCCUGUGGUUUGGAACAUGCAUUGGCCUGCCAGAAAUAUCAAAACUCAAAUCAAAAGAUUGGAGGUUUGGAUGAAUAUUUAAGUUAUUUUGAUGGAAAGAUUACUUUAACUAUUAAAGAUGGAAGACCUUGCCGAGAUAAAUUUCACCGUCAAACAAUUAUAGAUUUCAUAUGUGAUCCAAGCGCUAAAAAUGUUGUUCUGAAACAUAUUAGAGAAGAUCACUGUUUAUAUUUCUUUGAAGCUUAUACAAAACAAGCCUGCCUGCAUAAUAAUAGAAAAAUAUUUCAACCCUGUCUCGUUGAACACAAUGGACAAGUAUUUGAUAUAUCUCCCUUGAAAAAUAAAAAUUGGAGAGUUCUUCCUCAAGACAAUGAAAAUAAAGAUGAAAUUUUUAUAUCUCCUUGCUCAUUCUUGAAUCCUUCAAGUGAAGAAAUAAAAUGCAAUCAUAUUCCGACCAGUGUAUGUCUUAGCAAACCAGAUGAUAAAUAUGGUUUUAGAUACGGUAAUUUAUCUAUGAGUCCUGUUUACGAUAAAGACACUAAAAGUUUGAAAAUGACCUCUGUUGGUGGAGAUCUCUACAUUGGUAAUAAUAAACCACGAAAAGCAGAAAUCAAUUUUGAAUGUGGUACUGACGAAACGUCAACUCCGACCUAUAUAAAAGAAGAAAAUAUCCUCUACAUAGAUUGGUUUACCAAAUAUGCUUGUCAAUCAAAUAUCAUUGUCGGUGAUGAAUGUAAAGUUAGCGUUAAUGGAUAUGAUAUAAAUCUAUUUCCAUUGACCCACGAAGUAUUUACAAUAAAUGGAACUGAUGAAUAUUAUAAAUUAAAAAUCUGUAAUAAUUUUGAAUUAUCGAACUGGGCAGCACGCCGGUGUGUCAAGGACAAAUGUAAAGACCUUGCUCCAGCUAAUCAGAAAUUGCAGUAUAAAGAUCAAGUUUUGCAAUUAAUAUAUUCAGACAAGGGUUCACCGAAAGUAAAGAUUAGUUUUAUAUGUGAUCGAGAUGUCUCCUUAGCGGAACUAGAAAUUUCUCAACGGAAUAAGGCAACAACUGCAAUUGAAGUAAGAACUCCUCAUGCAUGUAUUAACCCAUCUAUGGAAUGUACUUACAUAGAUAGAAAAGGAAAUAAGUUUGAUCUAACAAAACUUGCUGGAAUAUCAUAUGCAAUAGAAGAUUCGAAAUAUGAUUACAGAUUUUCUAUUUGUACACCUUUGAAAGAUGUUCCUUUUAAUUGCCAUGAAACAUCUACCCUAUGCGCCAAAGAUAAGGAAACCGAAGAAGUCCUUCCAGAAAUUGCCACAAUCACAGGCGCUAAAAUGGAAGAUCUCGGUGGACAUAUACUUAUCACUUAUCCAAAUCCGGAGGACGGUGAACAAAAUAAAACUCAUAUAUCUUUUCAAUGUUCAACGCAACAAUCUUACACUAUAUUGACCGACUUCGCUUAUAAUCAUAUUAUCAACUUUCAUACUCCACUGGUUUGUCCUGUUAAACAUUAUGAAAACCGAAAAAAUUGCUCUAUUGAAUAUCAAGGUCAAAAGUAUUUGAUUGAACCGAUUAAAAAGACUAUUCAAUUGAAAAUUAAUGAUAAAGAAGAAGAUUUUACAUUGCAAGCUUGCGGUGAAAAAUCAGGAAUUUAUAAGAAUGACGAGCAAUAUUAUUCAUCAAAUAAUGAGUUAGAGACGAUAAAUGAUCAUAGAACUAACUUCAAAGUUGACUUUACACAAAUAGAUAAAAAGAAACCAAAUUUAGAAGUCAGAUUUGGAUGCGAUAGGAAAAAACAAACGAAAGUUAGAGUUAAAGAAGAUGACUCAACAAUUGUGAUUAUUCUUUGGAUAGCUGAAGUUUGUGAAUACAAAACAAGCGUUGGUUGUGAGACGCCUCAAUUCAGUUUUGAUUUCUUGAGGUCGAAACCCUAUUACGAAAUUGAAGAUACCAAUGGAAAACUUUUCUUAAGUAUAUGCCAAAGCCUGCCACCAAAAUUCGAAGGCCCUUGUAGAGGUGCAGGCGCUUGUUUAGAAUAUAAGAAUGGUACAAAAGUUUCCUUAGGAUACUUGCAAUCUCAUUUAGAAUCCGAUGGAGAUGGUGCAAUAAUUACUUACAAAGGUGGUAAAAAAUGUAAUGGCGCCUCUAAAGUUACUAUAACGUUUCUAGUCAAAGAUGGUUUUGAAUUUAAACGUCAGGGAACAGAUGAUUGCGAAUAUAAUUUUCAAUUUUUAACUCCUGCUUACAAGAAUAGUGAAAAGAGAAUUGGUUCUGAUUGCUCGGUUACAGAUCCAGUUUAUAAUUACAAAUUUGAUCUUUCGUCGCUGAAAGCCAAAACAAAUAAAGUUGAAUCAAACGACAAGCAGUAUAACUUUUUUCUAAGCGUCUGUCAAGCUGACAAAAAUAGUCCGUGUGAAAAAGGAAUUGGAGCUUGCCAAGAAAUAGUACAAGAUCCUGUUGCGAAAAAAAUGAUGAUGGGAAAUAUUAAUGAUAAAUUACAAUGGGUUAAUCAAAAAUUGAGACUGAAAUAUACAGGUGGUACAAAAUGCCAUGGAAUAUUUAAAAGAUCAACCGUUAUAGACUUCAUUUGCGAUAGACAAGUGGAAAAGAUUGUAUACAUUAAUGAAACAGAGAAUUGCGAAUAUCAAUUCGAAUGGUUUACAGCAUUGGCCUGUAGAUCGUUUGAGACAACACCUACAUGCUCAGCUGAGGACUCAAAAAAUAAUAAAAUCUAUAAUUUUUCACCUCUGACAAAGACAUCUUCAAACUAUAUUGUAGACGGUAAAGACGUAAAAUUUGCUAUAAAUUUAUGCGCCCCAGUAAUUGAUAAACCCUAUAAGGUUGGUCAGAUAGGUGUAAACUGUCCAGCUCAUAGCUCUGUUUGCCUACUUAAAGAUCAUGAAAAAUCAGAAAUGUUAAGUUCGGUUGUAGCAACAGAAUUCAGUGUAUCUGAUGGAAAAGUUGAUAUCAAUUUUAAGGAUUCAAAACAUAAAGUGAAUAUAGCAGCAGAAUGUUCAGAAAACGAAGGUGAACCAGAAUUUGUUUCGCAAGAAGAAAAAGAUAGCAUUAAAGAAUAUAAAUUUAUAUGGUCAAGUAAAUAUUUUUGUCCAAUUGAUACAAAACCUGAUGAAACAAUUGGUAAAGAUUGUAAAGUAAUUGAUAAAGAAACUGGGUAUGUUUUCGAUUUAAAUCAUUUCAGUAAAACACCACUUACGUUUAAAACUGAGAAAUAUGAGUACAAAAUAUCUUUCUGCCAUUUAUUGAAAGAAGAGGAGACUUCAUGUAAGAAUUCGUACGCCUGUCAAACCGAAUUAUCAGGUUUAAAGAAAAGUUUUUCACUGGGAACAAAGAAAUCAGCUGUAGAGUUUAAAGGAGGAGCCAUCUACGUAAAUUAUACAUUAGGCAAUAAAUGCAGUUCGAAAAAGGAGAGAAAUAUUUCUAUUGCUAUUAAAUGUCCUGAAACAAGUCAAAUAGAUUUGGAACCACAAAUUAUAGAAAUAUCUCACUGUGACUAUUCUAUGACGUGGUUUACAAAACAAAUGUGCGAAAGACCGAUGAAAUGUUCUGUAAAAAAUAAUAAAAAUAGAUAUUUCGAUUUAUCUGAUCUGAUCCUGAAUAAGGAAAGCUAUAAAGUAAAAACAAGUAAAUAUACACUGUAUUUUAAUCUUUGUGGAUAUGUAAGAGGAAUGAAAGAUUGUUCAUCAGACUCUUUUGCAUGCGCAAAAGUAAUUGGCUCAAAUCAAUAUCUUAGCUUGGGCUCUGGACUGAAUGAUAAGCCUUUAGAAUAUAAAAAUGGUGCGAUUCAUGUCUUCUACAGCAAUGGUAGUGCCUGUACUGAAGAUAAAUCAAAAAGAGUAACAACAAAAAUCAUAAUUGACUGCGGUUUAGAAACUUCAAUGCGUGCGGAGUAUUACGAUUGUACAUUUUUAAUAUACUGGUCUAUGCCAAGACUUUGCGAAGAAACUUGUGUGAAAAGCGUGCAAAGAGAUUUUGGAUAUAAUCUUAAUAGUAUUCUCAGUGAUAUUUCCAAAUCCAAUACGAAGCUCGGAGAUUGUCUUAAGAGUAAGGAUCAUAAAUGUUCUGCUAUCAAAUAUCAAGAUGCAUCUUACGGUUCGUGGGAAAGUUGUAACUAUAAAAAAAUAAGUGACGGCUUUGAAGUUAAUUUCAACAAUGGUGAUAAAUGUUCUGAAGGAAAGAAAUCCUCGAAGUUUGUGAUAGCAUGCAAAGACAAGCAGUUUUUGAGGGAGUAUAUGAAAACGGAUUGUGAAUUGUCAUUUGUGUACGAAACUCCUCAAGCUUGCCCAACUCAAAAAGUAUUAUGUGCAUCUGACCACUACAACCUAAGUCCUCUAAUGAACGAAAUUAAUCACGUGAAAAAUAAAGACAGUAUCUAUCAUGUUGGAAUUUGUAAUGGGAUAAAAAACAUAGAUGGUUGUCCUAAAAAUACCGUUGUAUGUUUGGAAAAAUCUGGUAAAUUUCUCCCUAUGGCGUACCUUAAUACUAAAAAAUUACAAGAGUUUGAAAAAACAAAUGAACCUCUUGUACUAACAUAUACUUCCGCCCCAAUAUAUUAUACAGAAUGCGGUAAUAAAUACGUUCAAGUAGCAAUUUAUUUCAUUUGUGAUAAAGAAAAUAUUGGUGCUAUGGAAUUUAUAUCAUGGGACAGUGAUAAAUGUCAACUAAGUUUACGGUGGAAAACGUAUUACGGAUGCCCAACUACUAAGCAUUUAGUUCAAAUAAAAGAUGGAAUAAUCAAGGAAGGACCGUUUGUUAUAGAUUUAUCAAAUUCCAGCGUAUAUAAGAAAACAACUGUAACCGAUGCGAAGAGUAACAAAAAAAUUACAAUUAAUUUGGCUGAAAAGAAGGGAGCUAUUAUCAGCUCAGAGGAGAAUGAUAAAACAAUAGCUAAGGCUUCAAAUAUCAAGUAUUAUAUUGAGAAUUAUCAAUUUCUAAUGACAAGUCGAUUGAGUUAUUAUUCAACUACCGUCUAUUUUCAAUGUUCUGAUAAAGAUGAAAAACCAGAAUUAAGUAUACGUGAAGAUAGAAUAUACACUAUCAAUUGGAAAACUAAAGCUACGUGCCUUACUAAACCUUUGAAAAAUUCCAAAACAGUUGUCAAGAAGAAUUCGAAUAAAUUGAAAAUCUUUAUGAUUAUAAUUGGUUGUUUAAUUUGUUUGUUAGUUGUUGGUAUAGUUUUUGUUAAAAGAAGAAGAAUUAUGCUUUAUUGGAGGAGGAGAAGGUUUAAUGCAGAUUACUAUGCCAAUAUUGAAGAUGAUGAAGAUCAUCUAAUAGACGCUGCUGAAAAUGUUGCCUUUUCUGAAGAGUGCAAUAUUAGGGGAUCACCUUUUAGUAAUGAUGUGCAGGUUGAGUGGCAUUCGCAAAAAAGAGACGAUAAACUCAUUACCGGAGAUGACCUAGGAUUUGGUUCGGAUAAUGACAGACCUCAAACUUCUGUCAAGCAGAAGAAAAACCAAUCAAAGAAGAAGAAGGGAGAUAAACAAAAACAUUCUUCAUCCACACCCUCAGUAUCAUCACUGCCAUCAAAGAGUAAAAGGUAUAGAGAAGAUAGUGACGAUGACUUGCUUGUUUAAUUACUACAUUUUUAUAUCUCUCUAUGAUCUAGAAACAAUUUUCAUUUAUCAAAUAUAAAUCUUUGCUAGCUCUUUCCUAAACAAAAUUAAUUUAAUUAAUAAUGAAAUUCAAGUGAUGUCUAAUAUCUAAUACGAAUGUCUUUCAUCUGUAUACAUUAAUGGUUGUCUCGAUUCUUGCAUCAGUGACAGUUUGUCUGUGUUUAUAAUUCUUUGAAAUCGUUCCUUACGUCUAAAUGACAAUUUAUUAUUAAAUAAAUAAAUAAAAGGAGAGAAAACAGAUUUAUCCACUAAUAAAGGCUUUUGAAAGAAAUAUACUUUGUCGAAUAAAA